UUUUUCAUUCGUUUUCCGAAUUUUAUAGCGAGCGGUUCUGCAGCUCCGUCUUUUCGAAAAAAAACUAAAACCAAGUGAAAUAAGAAAUAAAAUAGAAAAUAAAAUAUUUAACAAAGUAAAAUAAAAAAAAAAAUAACUCUACAAAAAGAACUGUGAAGUAGUUACAAGAGAGAGGCCCGACAAGAGAUCGGAUCUCUCACUCACACUUGCAGCCGCUCUCGCGCCAGAAAAAGUUUUACCAAUCAAGUUUUUUAUUUCGCAAUAAAACAAAAAGAAAAAACAAAACUUCAACCUAGUUAAAGUUAAUGUUGCUGUUGUAGUUGUGCCGUUGUAUUGAACUUGUGUGAGUGUGUCCGCGCGCAUUGGUAUUGUGUUGUGUGGAUUUCGGUGUUUUAGUGUUGGUGUAUAUUUCUUGCGUAGCGUCGCGGAAGAAGAAGAGUCAGCGGCAGGAAAAGCCAAGAGAAAUUAGGCAUUAAACACGUAAACAAGGGAUAUAGCCGACAUAUAAACAAACAUGAUCAACGAAACCGAAAGUUGUCAAUUGGGAAUCGUUUAAUUGUUACACGGAAGAAGCAAUCCAGAACCGAACGUGCGAAGCUUACUGACUAUUUCGUCCUGGCUUUAACUAACUGCUGAAAAACCAACUUAAUGAAAGAGUUUCAAAGAAUGUUGAUGUUGCAAUACAGCAAGCAUGGCGAGUGCAUACUCAAAGAAAUCGGAGCAGCCUUCAGAGGAGAGCACCCGGCGGACCUGACCAUCGUCUGCGAGAACAAAGUAAAGCUGCAUGCCCACAAGUUGGUCCUGGCAGCAGCCAGCCCGCUGAUAAGGAACCUCUUGGAGGAGACCCACCUAAGCGAUUGUUCCACCACAGUGUACUUCCCCGACGUGAAUGCCACCUACUUUAAGUUUCUGCUGGACUUCCUCUACUCUGGGCAGACGUGCAUCACCUCGAGGGACGUAAAUUACCUGCACGACCUGCUGCUGCUGCUGCAGAUCAAAUCAGACAGCUGGAAGACCACCGACUCCGCCUAUCUGAGCAGCAAGUGCGGUAGCCAUCGGGAUCGGGUGGAUCGGCGGAAGCAGCAGUACGCCAGCCCGCAGAACCUGGAGCCGGAUCAAACGCUUAAGUACGAGGUGGACAGCGUGGACGAGUCGCGAAAUGCAGCUGACUUCUCAUCAGCAUUCAACUCGGGUGACAACUGCGAGAGUGCGCCCGAGUGCGAGCGAAGUGCCGGGAGCCAUGGCAAAGAGGAGGAAGACGACGACUGCACCCACAAGGACAACAAGAGCGAUAAGGACACGGACGAAAUUGUAAACCUCUCGAACGCCCCGCCCAGCGGAACUAGUGGCAGCAACAGUAACAGCAGCAGCAACCACCAGCAGACGCACCACCACCACCACCAUAACAAUAAUAACAACAACAAUAACAACAGCAGCUCAGCUAUCAAUCCCGUCAACCUUUCACUGGAUCUUCGGACGAAGAUCGAGAGCUCGGCGAGCAGAACCAUGGGCUCCGGAUCCGACCACAGCGGCAUUGACCUCGCAGUGUCAGCGAGCGAGAGCACAAAGCGCAAGGGCCUUUUCUUCGACUCGCACAAGGACGUGAUGAAGCCGCUGUCAGACGGGUCAGACAUUAACAGCUCCCCGGAGAACUAUGUGGUCACGCCGCAUCGAAAGCGGCGACCCGGAUUCCACAAUACGCAGAGUGACAACCAGCCGUUCACCUCGUACCCACACAGUCUGCUGGAGGAACUUCGCAUGGCCAAAUCGACGACGUCGCCCAUUUCGGGUUUCGGCUCGGAGAAGAACAUGCUGGCGCACCUGGAGGACGGAGCACUUAACGGCGAUACUAUGACGCCGGACCGAAAGCACCUGCUAGAUGCGCAGCGCAACCGAGCACAGAGCCCCGAGAUGCCGAUGCACCUAGGUCCCCAGUUUGUGUACCAGUGGCAGUCCAACCAAAACGCCGCCAUGUCCGCUAUGCCCAAUCUGCAGUCGCGACUCUCUAGUCUGUCUCACAUGGGCCUCAAUCUGGACCAUCCAGAGGGUCGCAGUGGCUCCGCCGCGGUAUCUGGGACGAAUCUGGCCGGCAGUAACACGCAUGCCUCCUCGGUGCGCGAGUACCGGUGUGAGUACUGCGGCAAGCAGUUCGGCAUGUCGUGGAACCUUAAGACACAUCUGCGCGUCCACACCGGCGAGAAGCCGUUCGCCUGUCGCCUCUGCGUGGCCAUGUUCAAGCAGAAGGCCCACCUGCUGAAGCACCUGUGCUCCGUUCACCGGAAUGUUAUCACCACCACUAACGGGGCGGACACGGAGAACCGCUACAGCUGCUGUUUCUGCUCCAUGUGCUUCGAGUCGGUCCAGGAGCUUGUUCGCCACCUGUCCGGCCACCACAAUAACCUGCUGCUGACCAAGAAUCUACGCGAAUAGUGUCUGGGCAUCGGUUACCAAGAGUAUCCCAUCUGUCCGAUCCGAUUCGACGCGAUCCGCCGGACGGACAACUGCAAAGAGACCUGAAUUUUAAAUAUAUACAAAACAAUCGUACGGUAACAGUAGCAGAUUUAAUUGCCUAUUGUGUAUAAAUAUGUAAAGUUUACUUUUAAAUUUUAAGUUUACCAACAAAUCAAACACAUUCACGCGACUUUGCUUGAUAAUGUUUCACCCAACGCCAAUAGCCUGGAGCUCCACAUCCGAAUACGCAUGAUCCUCGAUCUAUGUUUGUGCGCGCACCCCGGAGGCCACUCAAGUUGAUUUCUCAUUUAAAUUUUAUUCGACAUAAAAUCCAACUCCUGCAAACGCACCCACUACCACUCCUACUAAGACCCCCACUCCUUUUAAGCGGCUGGUCCAUGCACAGUGGAGCACUUAUAUUGUAAGCAUAUUUUUAUACGCAAGGUAUUUUAAUUUCCAACCUGUCCUUUAUAAGCUUCAUUACCUAAACCUUAACCUAAAUAUUUUUUUAGAUUUUUAUACACUCUUUCAUGUUAAGAUUUUACAUAUUCCCUCCUAAAAUCGCAAAGUGUGUAAAGUGUACAGUAUAACUUCGCAAGCUCGUAAUAAAAUCAGAAAGGCAUUUCCGUUUUGUUUAUACUCUUUGAACCAUUUUUAGAAAUAUAUUUUAUGUUAAAAAGA